AUGAUAACCUUAAAAUUUUAUUUUAUUUUUGUUAUUAUUUUAAUAUUAAUUAAAUUUGUCGAUAAGUCUGAUGGAGAAUUUCGCGAGAAGAAAUUUUUUGAGACAAAUAAAGGCAAGGAUGGUUAUAUUUGUGAAAAAUCAAGUGGAAUUGAGUAUUGUAGUUGUUUGGUAAAAGGAAAGAAAUCUAACAAUUUCCUUCUCCCUACUGCGUUACCGAGUUGUGAUGAACAUUUCCUUAAGAUUGCUUUGAUGCCAAUGUGCGGAAAUGUUUGGUUUGAUAAUAUUAAAAAUUGUGCUUUGUUCCUCAUUCUUCUCGAUGGAUGUGCCAUUUGCCCUAGUGCUGCUGCUAAAAUAACUGGUUUAAAAGUCACUCAUUUUGAGAAAGGAGGAAAUUGGUUAUCUCAUUGCGAUGACGAAUCUGAAUUUGAAGCUUUAAGUGUUAAAGAUUUGAAUAUUGGAGUAAAAUUAGGUGAAAAUAUAAAUUUGGGAAGUUCUUCAUUUUCUCUUCCUGUGAUUUUGACACAUCGAAUUUGCGGCCAAAUAUUCAGUAGUACAGUUCCUGACAAUACAUACACAAACAUUUAUCUUCAUAUAACGCACAAGUUAUUAGAAAUUAAAUUAUUAAAAAUAAAUUUCAAAUUUAGUUGUGGAGGGAAAGAAAGUGUUAAGAAAGUUUUGCUCCCUGAUAUUAAUUUGGAUGACAAAAAAUUUAAAGUAAAAUUUAAUUUAAAAAAUUAA